CGAAAGCGAAAGACCAAGUUAUUGGACGAAGUAAAGUUGACAUUGAUCUGUACGAAAGAGAAGUAAUAUGGAGAGCGUUAGCUGUUCAGGCCAUGAUAUGCACUGUUUUGUUAAGACAGGUACUAAGCCUGGACCUAAUCAAGGCAAAAGCUUUUAUGUGUGUCCUCAUUCUAAAGAAAAAUGUCAAUUUGUAAAGACAGCACAUAUUGAACCAAAAACCUGUCCUAAACAUACUGACUUUAUGAUAUAUCUACAAGCUAUUCAGAGAGGGAAGCAAACAGGAGAAAAAAAUUAUUUUUACCGAUGUAAAGGUUUAUCAAGUACACAAGAUGGUGGCAAAUCUUCAUGGUGUGGACAUUAUACACUCAGUGCAGAGAAUAAGAAAUCACCAUUGAAAGAUUAUAACUAUCAAGAAAGCGGUAGAGAGAAGGUUGUCAGUCAAAAACAUGAAAAUCAUGUUAAAACUUUGAAACCAGGUGUAGAUGUGCCUGUAGUUUCUGUUAGUAAGUCUGAUAAAUUGCCUCAGAAUAAUGUGGAAGGCAUUUCCAAGAAUCAUAUUGUCGAGAUUCCUGAAAAUAAGACUGACAAUGGUGCAAUAGCAUGCCAGAAGACAGAAUCACAUACAGCUCCUUCCAGCUCAAAAUCAUACGAUGAAAAGAAUUCAAAAAUUUUCACAUCAAAUGCACCAGCAGAUAAUUCUAGAAGUUUUUCAGAAAUAGCGCAAUCUGCAUCUAAAGACAAAAUGGUGUCUAUAUUGCCCAAGUCAGUAAUUGACUCCAAGUUACCUGAUUCUCUUCAUUCUAAAUCCCCCAUGUCAUAUCGUCAGAAGCCUAAAGAACGUGUAGAUGAGGACAUUGUUGAGAUUGUUAGUUCAGAUGACGAAGAUGAUAUAUCCUUAGAAGAUGCUAUACAACAAAGAAGGGAAUUACAAAUGUAUCUCGAAAAACAAAAGAAUAUCAUCAAAUCAGUUAAAAUGUCCAGCCUUCCUGAUAAAGGUCAAAAACUCAUGCUAACGAUUCAGAAUAUUCAGAGUUCAAUCAAAAGACUGGAUCAACAAAUAAAUAAAGAAAAUCAAAAGAUGGCUAAAACAAAAACUACAGCCAUGACACAAGUGAAACCAGCCGGUAGUCAAAUGGUUUAUAUGGUACAACCAUCUAAAACUGGUACAGGAACCAACCAGACUGUGUUAGUAGCGCAACCUGGGAAGCCUGGUACAAGUCAAACCGUGUUAGUUACACAACCUGGGAAGCCUGGUACAAGUCAAACAUUAUUAGUUACACAACCUGGAACCAAUCAAACCAUGCUUGUUACACAGCCUAAUAGACCCGGUGGUACUACUUUACUACCUAAUCCAGAACAACUUCCACCUCAUAUUCUAGCUCAAAUGUAUGCUGCCAACCCACAAGCUAUGACCUUAUAUGGAGGUAGAAUGACAGCUGCUAGAUUAAGAGAAGUUACAACUAUUACUUCAGAUGCUUUAGAGAAACUACACAAGCAAUUAGAAUCUUGUCCUGAUGAAACCGCUGAAUCUGAGGAUCCUAAAGGUUUAAAGGUCAAUCUAAUGACACAUCAACGACAGGCAUUAUCAUGGUUAACAUGGAGAGAAAGACAACAUCCAGCUGGAGGAAUCUUAGCUGAUGAUAUGGGAUUAGGUAAGACGUUGACAUCUAUCUCACUGAUAUUAAAACAGAAAGAGAUUAGAGAGAUGGGAACAACAGAAGAAAAAUCUACUUGGUUAAAUAGAGAUAAACAGUUAGAAAAAUUGGGUAAAUCUGUCGUCAAAUCAAAUGCUACAUUGGUUAUCUGUCCAGCAUCACUGAUACAUCAAUGGAAUAAAGAAAUAGAACGUAGAUGUGAACCAGGUUUACUUAAAGUCAAUUUAUAUCAUGGUCCUAACAGAGAAAAGAAUGUACUCAAAUUAGCGGAUAAUGAUGUGGUAUUAACAACAUAUAAUAUUAUCAGUAUAGAAGUUGGUAUUGUAAAAGGAGAAUCGGCUGAACAACCAUUAAAAGAUGAAGAGGAAGAUACAGAAAAGGCAGCUGGAUCGAGUACCAAACAACCUAAUAUAUUACGAAUAGCCUGGGAAAGAAUUAUUUUAGAUGAAGCACACAAUAUCAAGAAUUUUAAGAGUAAAACAUCUAUGUCAGUUUGUAAAUUAAGAUCUGGUUUUCGAUGGGCUUUAACUGGUACACCUAUACAGAAUGAUCUCUUAGAUAUGUACUCAUUAUUAAGAUUUUUACGCUGUGCUCCAUUUGAUGAAUACAAAGUCUGGAAACGAAAUGUUGAUACUGCCAAAGGUACUACAAGAUUAAACACCAUUAUUCGUACAUUAUUGUUACGUAGAACUAAACAACAAACAAAUAAAGCUGGUAAACUACUAGUUCCAUUACCAAAGAAAUCUGUGGAGACUUAUAAAAUAGAAUUAUCAGAACAAGAGAGGGCUAUUUAUGAUAAAUUAUUUUCUAAAACAAAAUCUACUGUCCAAAAUUACGUGAAACGACAUGAAGAAAAAGAAUCUGGUGACUGGUCAGGUCAAACUAAAUCCUCAUUGGCUGAUGAGUUUGCCGACAAGCUGUCAAUCAGCCCUAAAGAUAAAAAUAAAGGAGGAGCUAGUGGUAAUGAUGGUAAUAAUAAAGCAACUGGAAGUCAGCUGUUAGUAUUGAUAUUAAGAUUAAGACAGAGUUGCUGUCAUUUAAGUUUAAUGAAACAACAAUUAGAAGAUGAAACGUUAGAAAGUGAAGGCUUAUCGAAAGAUAAUAUAGAAUUAACUCUAGAAGAACAAAUGCAGGGUCUAAUGUUAGACUCAGUUAAACCUAAAGAAGAAGAGAUUAAAAAAGAACUGACUACCAUGUUUGAAAUUCAUCAUUUUAGUUCAAAGUUAACAGCUGUAGUUGAAAAGAUCAAAUCUAUUCGCAGUGGCAACACGUCGGGUGAGGCCAUUAAAAGUGUUAUUGUAUCACAAUGGACGAAGAUGUUAGAUAUUAUUGGAUAUCAUCUGAGUGAGAUGGGUAUAACAUACAGUACUAUACAGGGUAAUAUACCAGCUAAAAAAAGAAUGGAAUUAGUAGAAGACUUUAAUACUAAUCCAACAGGUUCAGAGGUAAUGUUGGUAUCAUUAAGAGCUGGUGGUGUUGGAUUAAAUCUAAUUGGUGGCAGUCAUUUGUUUGUUGUUGAUAUUCAUUGGAAUCCAGCUCUAGAAGACCAGGCCUGUGAUAGAAUUUAUCGUGUUGGACAAACACGAGAUGUUGUUAUUCACAAAUUUGUAUGUAAGGAUACUAUUGAAGAAAAGAUAGUCGACUUACAGAAAAAGAAAACACAAUUAGCUGAUAAUGUUUUAAGUGGAUCUGGUGCUACCAGUCAGAAGUUGUCUAUGAAUGACUUGAAAAUGAUGUUUGGAGUAUAAAAUGUAUCUAGUCAAUACCAGAGGUUGCUCUAGACUUUUAGAAGCUGGGUGAAAAAAUGGAACUCUAAUAAAAAAACUGUUUUGUUUGAAAAAUUUGCUUUUCACAAUAAACAUUUGUUUGCUUGAUAAUUCAAGCAGUAGUAGACCGUACUGACAACAAUGGAUGUGUUUUCCCAUACAUUCAAUUUUCUCUCAAUUGAUGUAUUUCUUGAAUAGUUCAUUUCUAUCUUUCACUUUCUAGUACAAAUGUAGUUAUUUGUCACAACCUGCAAUUACCAGGAUGUUGCACUAUGUAAAGAUUUGUAGGAUAAACAAGACUAACUGACAUACUGUAUCAAUACAAACAAUGAAGUCAAUUGUUGUUUAUGAAGUAACACUUUCAUAUCAUUUUGCAUAAUUACAUUUAAUUUUUCGUGAUGAUGGGAGUCAAAUGAAAUAAGAGACUUUGAAGGAUGGAUUUUGUAGCAUAUAAAUAAAAACCCUCAAAAGUUUUUUUUUUCAGGCAUUUGAUUGAAGUUAUGGGGUUCUCUGGAGACAACCUCUAGUCAAGAUAUUGUGUUUCAUGUAUUAUUACAGUGCUAUGUAUAUAUAUAUUUUUUAAUAAAUUGUGCUAUUAAUAUAUUUCCUAUAAACUUUUAUUUUAUAUGAUUAUCUAAAGUUGUAACAUAUUUUAUAUGUUUUAUUAUAUUAAACAGCAUAGAAUGCUGCUAUCAUAAGUUAUUAUCGUUUUAUGAAGAAAGUUUUUCAUUUGUCAACCAUUUUUGAUAUCAUCUCUUUACCAUAGGAAUUUUCAUUUUUUAAAUCUUUGUAUUGGGAUUCGCAGUGGUUUAGUGAGCAAGAGUAAGACAUGUUGGCCGAGAAAGUUCAUCGGGAUUUACCAGCGUGGUUCCCCCUUGUCAGUGCUGCUGUGCAAAAGGUUGUUUGGAUGGGAUGGAAAACUGAGGUCCAGUGUACACAUUGUCGGGCAUGUAAAAGAACCCUUGAAUUUUAUAGAAGAGUAGGCCGAUCUUUGGGCAAAAUUUCUCUCAUAGCACACUAUUGUGUAUGUCCGUCUUUAUUAGCCCAGUAGGAUGUUAAACUCCAUUUCAUUUUAUUUCCUUUAGUUUCACAAUUAUUGCACCAUUAUGGUGCAAA